ACUUCUUUGUCCUAUGUGGGUUCAGUGCAGCAGCCCCAGUGACAGCAGCGCCAUCGCAGCCCCACACAUGCCGGAUACAGCUGGAUUUAUCCUGGAAAGCAUCACUGCCCCAAUGACGGUGCCUGUCUGAGGACACCUCUUCUCCUUGGAGCCCUUCCUGCGAGCUGCUGUGAGUGUCCUGAGCCAUGGCCGAGGGGGAGAUAACCACCUUCACUGCCCUGACCGAGCGCUUUGGCCUGCCGCUGGGCAACUACAAGAAGCCCAAACUCCUGUACUGCAGCAACGGGGGCCACUUCCUACGGAUCCUGCCGGACGGCAAAGUGGACGGAACACGGGACCGGAGUGACCAGCACAUUCAGCUCCAGCUCAGUGCGGAAGACGUGGGUGAGGUCUAUAUAAAGAGCACAGUGUCAGGGCAGUACCUGGCAAUGGACACCAAUGGGCUCCUGUAUGGCUCGCAGCUACCGGGCGAGGAGUGCCUGUUCCUUGAGAGGCUCGAGGAGAACCAUUACAACACAUACAUCUCCAAAAAGCACGCAGACAAGAACUGGUUUGUUGGGCUGAAGAAGAAUGGGAACAGCAAGCUGGGGCCGCGGACUCACUAUGGGCAGAAGGCGAUCCUCUUCCUCCCAUUGCCAGUGUCAGCUGACUGAGCCCCAUCCCACAGCCCACAGCCACCCCUGCCCUGGCACCGGCUGCCCAUCCCCGCUGCCCCUUUCUGGUGUUCCAAUGAAGAACCAAACAUGCCCCAAGCUGUAGGUAAAGGCUUGAACCAAACCGGACCUGAGCUGCUCAGCCUUGCACGACCCUUUGCAGCAGUGAUGAGGAGCCUCAAGGACAGCCAUGCAUGGGAGUGUGUGGCUUCCAGCCCAGCUGCUGUUGGAACCCAGCACCCCCAGUGCUCUGUGUAACCCCAUUUAUCCAUCCAAGUAUGCUGCUUCCAAUACUCCUUCAAGCGACUUCCAACCGUGCUGUUGUUUGUGUUACUGAGAGCCCAGUGAAUAGCUUGCAGAUAACUUCACCAUACUAAGCCAAGCUAAUGCCAGCCAGGAGCUCCAGUUCCUCAGCAUCUUAACCUUCCUUAGAAUACUGCUGUACCUCAUGCUAAUAUCUGUCACGUUAUUUGUAUUUAUUUAUUAAGUAAAUCUGUCUCUUCCACAAUCCGUUUGUAAGUGCAGAUAGCACCAAAUGCCCUGACGCUGUCCUGGAGAUGCUGGAGCAGAACUGGAGCAGCAGAAGUGCUGCAGUUCAUGUGGCUGAGGGGCACAGUGAGAUUCCUCCUGGGUGACAGCUGGGUUGGGGACACAAAGCCGGAGCUGCAUGGCUCCUGAAUGCUCUUUUCAGUGCUUCCUUCCCUACAGCCCCUCCUGCUAGGCCUGGUUUUCUAUACUGGACAGCAAAGGAAAAAAGGCAUUGUGGUCCAUAGCAUAACAUAACAGUGUUAAACAUUCCUCUGUUCAAAUGACAGUUCUAGGUCAGUGGUGAAAAGCGCUCCUCUUCUGGUUAGAAGAAAUGGAUAAUCACAUUUAUUUAACCUUUAUUUUUGUAUAAUAAAUCCUUGGAAACUGCA